AACCUGAAUUGAUUCAUGGGAUUAAUUAAACUAUAUCAAUUCCAGCCGGAACCGUCGUGGAAGGCCGGAGCCACACUGGUGGCCGACAACCCGGAACAGCAGAUCAUGGGCACCAUCUCGUUCAAACAGUGGGCACCGGGCCACGUGGAAACCGCCAUCAAUGCCACCGGUCUGCCAGUGGGCAAACAUGCCGUCCACGUGCACGCUUUCGGUGACAUGCGCGAGGGCUGCAAAUCCACCGGACCGCAUUUCCGUAGCAGUAUUAUUGGAAACAUCGAAGUCAAGGACGAUGGCAAUGCGAUGAUUGAUUUUCACAGUCCCUACAUCAAUCUGUUCGGUUUCGCCGGAAUCGUAGGACGGGCCAUUGUGAUCCACGAGAAACCAUCGGAGAUCUACCGCUUCCCGGAUCUGUCGAUUAACAAUCCGGUGUCGUUCCAGGGCGAAGAAGACACGGUUGGAGCACGGAUUGCCUGCGGUAUCAUUACUAUUCUGGAUAAUGUGUCAUAGGCGGGGUGGUACACUUGUAAGACUUAUUCGAAUCGAUUUAUAUUUUAUGUGAUAUUCAAUAAAGUUUCGCUUGUAUUAUUACGAGAUAUAUCA